UUUGUGUCGAAAAUUAUGCAGUUGAAACGUGAUUAAAGGUGAAAAAAAGUCACUCGUUGCUCAAAUAUUCAAGAUUUUUGCCAGUUAAUAAGCUUACAUAUCAUUUAUUGUUAUUCAUUCGUAUUUUUUGUAAACUACUACAGGAAGGAAAAAAAAGAAAAAAAACGCCAUGUCAUUAAAUAUAUAUCUCUGUCGGUGGCGGUAUAACAUACGUACAUAGCAACUAAUUUUGAAAGAAUAACUAAGCGCAAUGAUCAUUUGAAUUUCAUAUCACUACAGCUAAUAGAAAUCUAAAAUGCAGGCCCACUCACGUGUGACACACGGCAUGGCGGAAAACGUGAGCAUUAACUUCGAAAGAAAUUACCACAGGCACGAAAAUUUUAGCUGCGUUAAAAUCAUACUAUUUUCACUCAGCCCAUCAAACUAAUGAUGUGUUGUUAUUACAAAUUGUUGUGCUUGUGUUUGUAAGCUGAAAUAGCAAGAAGCAAUUGAAUUUUUUCACUGAAUUGAUGACCCCUAGGGUGCACAGUUGGUAUAAAUCUACCACAUAUAAGAUUAUGUACAUGUAUGUAAAAUUCACUCAUUAAUGGAGCUUCUAUGGUGAUACUCACAAUGAUUUCAUUUCCAAUUUCCGUAAAUAGCUCAUUUUCUGAGCAAACAAAAAUCACACGGCAGAUUGGAAGACACUGGAAGACAUGAAUGAUGAUUGCAGUAAUGCACACAUAUAGUCACUUGCAAAUAGGCAGAUUUUUCAUUCAAACCUCUUUAAUCUUUUUAAUUGAAAAAGAUAUUUAUAUAAUAUCUGACAGUCCUGACACAGAUUUCCUUCUCUUUCGAGCUAUGUGCAACUGCUUGAUUUCCUAUUGUAUAUGACUACAAAAUACAUCAUCAAUGAUACUGAUCUAAUUCAAAUUGUCAUAAAUAGCUCAUUUUUUCAGCAAAUAUAAAAAAAAAGAUUUGAAAUCACAAAUGACCAUUGCAGUAAUUGUAUCCACGUGCAAAGGUAGAUUCCUCAACAAACUUCUUUUAAAAUCUCUUUCAUCAAGAAAGGUAAAUUUAAAUAUCCUGCAGAACAGAGAAGAUUUCCUUCUCUUGUUCUAUAGGCAGCUCUGUGUGCAGCUGGUUGAUUUACUAAUAGGAAUAAAAUACAUCAUAAUUUACAUAUAUGCUUUGUCAUAAAUAUGAAACAUCUCACACAAUAAAAUAAUUUCUGCGCUAUUCAAUUUUUGCAGUGAAUUACUAGAAUUCCAAAUUUUCAACAUUAAUUUCGUAUAAUGGCAAUUCAAACUGCAGAUAUUCUGUAAAGUUCCCAUAAUGCAGCUAGUUAGCUGAUUGGGAAAGAGCUAGGGGUGACCAAUGAUGAAAUUCAAGACUCGCCAACAUGCUAUAUACAAGACCCUUGCUUGAAAAUCCAAGACUGGGACUUAAAAUUAACAAUUUUAUACAAAUGUACUUGGAGAUAGAUAGAAAGAAAACCAAAGAGAUCGGGCGAAAGUUAUCUGAAACUCAAGAUUUUCUGUUUAAAACCACUUACCAGUCCUACAAAGAGGGAGAGUGAAUAGGUUUUCAGAUCGACGGAUUUGGCCUGAAAAAGCAUACAGAUAAUGGUUUUUUGCCAUAAAGCUAGCAGAUUCACGAAUUCUGAAAACACAGUUGUGGUUUUUGAUUUGAACAAAAAUAUUGUCAGAUCGACUGAUUUGGCAAAAAAAAAAGGCACGGAUUGGCAGAUUUGCAUACCCCUAUUCACUCCCCUCUACAAAGAAACUGGAGUUGUUACUUAAAACAAAACUGACUUAAUGCAAACCCAUUUGCUCAAAAAACAAGCCUAGGGUAACUUAUAUGUACACUGUUAAUAAGCACUACAGGGUUAAUAACCCUACUGGAUUGUUAGGGUUACACUCAGGUUACAGUAUUUAGAAGUGUGAGAUUUAACCAAAGAGCCUUUUAUGCCAGCUGGCCAGUGACUCGUUUAUAUGUAGAUCUUGUUAUUUACAGACUGAGACAGAUCCACCUAUUUCAGUUUGUAUGGAUUGUAACGGCUACACUACAUGUAUAAGAAGUGUAAGGUGGUUGUUUUCCAAUUGAAUAAUUAAGUUAAUGUCUCUAUCACAACCGAUUGAAUGUUAUUUACCAGUAAUUGCAUGUCUGUUUACCAUUAAUUGCAUGUGGGAGGUGCAGUGACCUCAUGGUGAGUGCGUUCGACUCUGGAGCGAGUGGUCCGAGUUCAAGCCCUGGCCGGGGACAUUUUGUUGUGUUUUUUGGACAGAGAGCUGAGUUUUGUGCACUUCACUCCAUAGUGUGGGAGAAAUUUAGCUGAAAAAGAAUUACUAAACACAGAUCAGGCUUCACAUAAAGUGAAUUACAUUUCGUUUCAAUUCGAAACUGUCUCACUAAUGGAUGCUAGUGAGCAUCAAGGAUGUUGCAAUGGUGAUCUACAGGAUGGAGAUGAUGCAGAUCAGGGUCAUGAACUAAAACCACAACCAUUCUGUUAUAAGGAUUCACAAGUACCAAACAAGAGUCCCAUAACACCUGAGAAUUGUAAUGUUGGUUGUCAUGAAAACUGUUGCAUUUUGACCACCUCCAAUCCAGACACAUUAACAAGACACAAGGACCUACAUAAGGAUUUAGAAAGUCCUGAUAGUGUUCAAAAUACACAUCAAAACAAUCACUUGUCGCUGGCAACUCUUCCUCCAGAGCUAAUACUUGUGAUCUUUUCAUACCUUGAUGCACGGUUUACUUUACGAGUCUUGACAUGUGUAUGCAGACUUUUUCAUAACCUUCUCUCACCGGAAUCUAGCUGGAAGACAAGGUUUGGUAAGCGAUGGCCACAGCGAGACAGAAGGGAAGAUUAUGACUACAUAUCAAGUUGGAAAAGUAUAUGUGUUCAGCAUGAAGACAUGGACAAGUUUUGGAAUGAUCCCAGCUCCACGUUGGAUUUUUAUCAGCUCAAAGAUCAGCAUUUUGCAACAGUGGAUGCAGUUCAUAUAAUGAAAGGUGGAGACCUGUGCAUUUCAGGCUCAAGGGACCGUGCUGUAGGUGUGUGGAGUUUAAAUGCCUUGACAGAUCCAACCGAGGCAGGCUAUUCAAAGAGGUCCUUUAAGCAAGCUCUGGAUGGCCACAGGGGUUGGGUGUGGUGCCUGUCUAGUGACCCAACAGGAGCUCCCAGAGUGUGUUCAGGGUCAUGGGAUAGCACAAUUAAGCUUUGGGAUCUUGAAGGACAAAACAUUGAGAUGACAACUCUCAGUGUCCAUAAAGCAGCAGUAUUGUGCAUGGCCUGGGAGCAUGAGAUGCUAAUUUCUGGUUCCUACGACAAAACCAUUUCAUUGUGGGACCUUAGAGGUGGUAAUUCCAUCAGCAGGUUAAAAAACCACUCAAAACCAGUGCUGUGCUUGUCUGUUGAUGACAGGUUCAUUAUCAGUGGAAGUGAGGAUCAAACUCUCUCAGUGUAUGAUAGAAGAGCUGCUCAAGUUUAUAAAACAGUUAAGCUUGAGAGCCCUGUCUUCAGCUUGUGCCAUAGUUCCACAUGUGGCUACAACUACCUCAGAGCUGGAGGGAGGGAAGGUUGCUUGUAUCUAUUGGACACCACUGGUGAUAAAUUUGAAGAAAUAACACCUAGCAUUGACCUGGAAUCUAAAGGAAAAAUCUCUGGAAUGUGUCAUUAUGGGGGAGCAGUUGUUGUCUGCUCAACUGACAAAUCUAUUAAAGUUCUGGAACCUUCUUGUGUUUUAUCCGUUAUGCAUUCAUUUGAUUGUCAUUCCGGAGAAGUAGCAUCGGUUAGCAGCAGAGGCUCUGUGUUAGCCUCAUGUUCCAGUGAUCUCAGUGUUGGAAUAUGGAGACCCAAGAGCAUGCGACCAGGGUCGGCCUGAGAAUAUAACGUUGAUAUAUGACUUAUAACACGACUGCAACGUACAUUUAUCCAUUCGUCUGUAAAUAGCUAAAAAUGACUCAAGUAGUCAAUUUUCCGUUGGUAGCCAUUUGUGUCUGUUAUUGAAGGAAAAUAUUUCCAUGUUUUUACUCCCAAGAGGAGACAGGACAGGCACCUGGAAUGCUAGGAUGUCAAGUCUUGCUAGUCUUCAAAUACUGUUCUUUAUGUUAAAAAAAACUAUGUAUCUGUAUAACGCUAUUAAAGUUCUCUUAUGAAAGUUGAAAA